AUGUUCCGCUUGAUUAGUUUCUUAGCAUUCCUCUGUUACCAAUUCUCUUUUAUUUUCUAUUUUCUUACGUUCGAUUUCCCUCUCCUUUCAUAUUCCGUAGAACUUUUUUUUACAUCGCUCUCUUCUUUUUUUUUUAUUUAUUUCGCUCUCUUUUUUCUAUUUCCUUUCCAUUCCAUAUCAUGUUUCUAUUUCUCCAUUUUCCACCCGAUCUCUCUUAGAUUUGCUUUUCUCUUAUCACUGUCAUCACAUCAUAUUUUUCUCUUUUUUUCCCUUUUUGUUAUCAAUCCUCUCUUUUCACCAUUUAUUUUAGCAUUUCUGAUCAUCUUCUUCUUCUUCUUCUUCUUCUUUUUCUCUUCCGACUUUUCCUUUUUCCCCCUUCUUCUUCUUUUUCUCCUCUUCUUCUUCUUUUUCUCCUCCUCCACUGACUUCUUCUUCUUCUUCUUCUCCUCUUCCUACUUUUCCGCCUCUCCCCACCUUCUUCAUCUUCUUCUUCUUCUUCGCUUCCUACUUUCCUCCUCUCCCCGCUUUCUUCUUCUUUUUCUUCUUCUUCUUCUUCUCUUUCUACUUUUCCUCUUUUCCCCGCUUUCUUUUUCUUUUUCUUCUUCUUCUUCUCUUUCUACUUUUCCUCCUUUUCCCGCCUUCUUCUUUUUCUUCUCUGCCUUCUUCUUCUUUAAUAUUUUUUCUUUUCUUGACUUCCUUUAA